AUGUCUAAAGCUGAAACGGCUAAAGCAAAGGCAAUUAGAGCCAGUCGACGUAUUCAAGGUUUAGAAAUACAACCUCUGACACAGACCACCACCACGAACACAUCGAACUCUAACGCCUGUAAUAGACCACUACAGUCAACUAGCAAGAUCCAAGGAAAGGAUAACAUGGACGAUCUAGAAGUCGAAGAAAGAAACGAGGAUCGAAGUAGAGACAAAGGAGAAACAGCAGUAGACGAACCACUCCUUCCUAACUCAGAUAAACACACCCAAGAAGCUCCACCGAAGAUCACGAAGAACUACAUCGGUCAUGUCCCUAUCCCCUACCCAGUCGGCCCGAUACGAGCACCUCGAUCAGAGUAUGAAGACUCCUCAUCUGACAGUGAUGACCCAGAAAACGAUUUCCUGGAUGAAGAGUCAGGCAGCGAUGAACCUAACGACGAACCCAACAUCAAACAGCCGAACUCUAGCGAUGACUCAUCAGACGGAAGCUUAUCGAGCAGAUUAGCAUCAUCAGCAUCAUUAGGAUCCUCAAACAAGGACCAACUAUCAUCUAGUGAAGAUUCAACAUCGGAUUCUAGCAGAGAAAGCGAAAGCGGACCCAGUUCAGGUUCAGAAUCUGAAACUUCAGAGGAGAAGUCAAAGAAAGACAGGAAACGGAAGCGAAUAGCUAAGGCACAGAAACAACUGAAAGAAGCGAAAAGAGAAUUGAGAAGACUCGAGAAACGUGGAAAAGGGAAGAAAACGGCAAAACACGAUAAAGGGAAGAAGAAAGAUCAGCAAUCGUCAAAGAAAAAGAAGAGACGCAAAGGCAUACAAGUCGAGAUAGGAGUCAUCCCCAACUCUAACUUAGUUCAACUUCAACCUUUCUGGCGCAAGCAGAUGAAGAAACUGCACUCUUCUAUACCACUUACGGUUUUCGACCAAUCCUUCGCUCUAGCAGACAGUGAAGAGUACGACAAACAACACCAUUCAUCAUCCUCCAAAACGACCAAGAAUAAAGGCCUAGAUGCACCAUCUGAGUACAAAAUGAGCUACGGAGAAUGGACUGAGAAUAUCAGCCUCUUUAAAAGAUACUUGAUGAUGCACAAACACCCAGAAGUGGCCGAAAGGAUAAACUACCACAUAAAGAAUGUCAAACAAGUGAAACGUUCAACUGAGUGUUGGAUGACCGCUUUACGAUACGACAUACUUUGUCGUAAAAGUGUCUUCGUAGAAAGAGAGGACAGACAUCCGAUAAAAGAUAUCGGUACCUUCAUGAAGAAGUACAAAGAGAAGGCUAAGGACAAAUCUCUGAAUUUUGGCGAAACAAACGGGGGUGAAGCAAACCCCUACGCAAAAGGAGGUAAACUAGAGUUUAAACACCCUGAGACCGGUCAACCAAUAGGCUACUCGGCACAACAUCAACCAAAUAUGAACUCUACAAACACUCAACCUAUAGCGUCUAGUUCAAGAGAACAAGCUUUCAGAGGUCGUCGUAGAGCGCAAAGACCCCCUAGGACACAGAACUAUAAUCAAUAUCCUUAUCAACAAGGCAGUUCGUCAACCUACAACACGUUUCAUCCAAACCAAUAUCAACCUUUCAACAACCUUCAACAGGCUCCCCUUCCAUCGAUCCACAUGGGUUUCCAAUCCCAAGGAUCGGCAAACAACACAUCCCACACGAACACCCUCCCGAUGAACCCCUCUACGAGUAGCACGAAAUUCUCGGCUAGAGGAGGGAGAGGGUCUUGGAGAGGUAACAGAGGUGGAAACGGAAGACAGGGUCAGCAGGAAACGUAA